AUAAAAUGUAAAAGAAAGACAAGAAAUAAAUUACAAAAUGAUCGUAGAAAGAUCAAAUGCUCGCAUAACGUAAACUUUCCAGUUAGUUUCAUUCUUGUGCUUUAUCGUCUCGACCGACGUGGAUUCGCUUGAACCGCCAAAUCUCUCGGUAAUGCAUCGAGUACAAGCGGGAUGGCAGAAACGAUGGCACACAAUCGUACAAUGUACGACAAAACAACGGCAGAAAAAUUAAAUUUCACGUCGGUGACAUUCCUUCCUUCUAACGUGAUCGCUGCCGCGUUUAAUGCUGAGACGACUAAUCCGUCCGCAGCUAUGAUGGGCGAUCCUGCGAUCGUCACUACCAUCAAACCACACCAUCGCGUCUACAACACGACGGAGUAUCUCAUCGAACAAGACGAACUCGAACACAGUAUCCUUGCCAACUUUUCAGACAUACAAACCGUUUUACUUGCAUGCAUAUCGACAUUAUUACCGCUGAUCAUCGCCUUGGGGAUCGCCUUCGGCGUCAGGCACGUGUGGCGAAAAUAUCGGAAUGAUGGAGACAGCGAGAAUGGUUUACCUUGGUAUAAGAACGUCUGCAAUCGCAACAAUGCAGUUGAAUCGCAUCAACAUCAUCCGCAUUCCGGAAAUGUUCCCGUAGAAGCUGCCACGAGAGUCCUCUCCGCACAAGACCUGGUGAAUGGCCUAGACGUACCUCGAUACAUUUGCGAGACGGAGGUUAUGGAUGUAAAUGUUACCUCGGCGGCGGCCGUGAUGGAAUACACCAUCACUUCCGGUAAUCAUACCAGCAAGAACGCAAACGGGAACAUCAUCACCCUUACGCUCAAGAACAAUCAUCUUAUCGUAGAAACAGAGGAACGUGCGGUAAUGACAGAGGAUAAUAAACCCACGUCAAGGUAUAAGGACAGCGGGUGUUCAUUUGUGGUCGAAAUACAGCCAGAUUAUAACAAGGAAGAGACGGAGGGUAACAAAGGAUCAUCCAAUGAUGUGACCACUGCUGUCACCGAUCAACAGGCUCUGGUACAUAGAGAAGAAAUACCAGAUGAUAGAUUCUCAGGUUUCGAAAAUACACGACUGUUUGGAAGCACCAAUACCGGUCUGUCACAAUCAGACCUUUCAGUAUCUAGUCAAGGUUCGGCCAACCCGAGCUACCGCUACGGCAAUCAGGUCGAAUACGAUUCCGGUCACCUUAGUUAUCCUAUGUACGGUGGUAAUUACGAGUCUGAUGUACUGUCGCGGAAACUGGAGGGACGGUCGAAAUGGGUAGAAUUCGAUAAAUCACCAGAUAUAGAAAAAAUACUGUUAGAUGAUUCUAGAAAUUUUAUCAGUGAGGAGGAGGAGGAAGAAGAUAAAAGUCCACAAUUUUUCGGAAAAUCAAAAAAUAUGUCAUCUCUACAAGACAUUGAGGCCGUGACAACGCGAGAAGACUCGUUGGAGAUCAACAGUUUCCCAGAUGCCGUGCAAUCCAAUCCGAAUCUUCAAGUGAACGGCACAACGCCCAAUAAGCUCGAAAUUAUGGAACAGAAAGCUCUGAGCAACGACUUUGCUAGCAAGACAGACAACAAGCCCGUAAUAACCGGUGUGCUGCUGAAGGACGAUGUCCAGGAGGAUGCGUUCCAGGAGCAGCAACGUAAAUUGGGUAAUGGCACGCUGACUCCAGAACACAAGGGGGACAAGACGACGGCACGCAAGCCGGAAGGUAGCGUCUUCGUGCCGAGUCACAAACGAGCGGGCAGCAUCCCGCCGCGACUGAUCGAGGAGACACUCGAAAUGGACCGCAAGAAAUCACUGGACAUCUAUAACAAGUACAGUCAAAUCAAAACGAGUACCAGGGGUAUGCUGCCAAGCUUGAGUCCGAAAUUCGAGCUGUUGCAGAAUGAGGUGAGUCCGAUCGAGGAGAAAGAGAGUUAAUGCGGCACCAGGAAGAAUCUCCCAUCCGGUUCCCCUCAACAUUAUCGUCGUCAGUUUUCUGACUGUGUCGUCGGGAACGCAACGUCCUCUGGAUAAAUUGCAACGAAAGAUGUGACUGUAGUCAGGGAUUAUUUUAAAAAAAUGCAGCGAACAACGGUUAAUGAUAUACUAAUGGCA